UUCAGAUAUUCAGUACCGCGGCAAACACAACGCCGGUAAUACUUACCUCGCACGUGUAUCGUCGACAGCGGUAUAGCUUACGAAAGGAUAAAACACGUUAAAAAUUAAACGCACUUUGGAAAUAAAAUUUCGUUAAUUUUUAUCUUGUUAUAUGCAUUAAAUUAAACGCUUUCAUUGAAUUUGUUUUAGAUCGGUUAGAUAAAAAAAAAAAAAUGAUUAUGGUCUCUAAUAUGUGGUGGAACGUAAUUUUUGGAAUUUAUUUAAUUGUAGUAAUGCUUAUAGGCGAAACUACUUGUUUGUUUGAUGUGUCAAUCGAGAUUCCUACUGGAAUUUUGAUGGGAGGUACUGCUAUAAUGCGAUGUAACUAUAGUCUCGAAGAAACAGAAUCACUAUAUUCCGUCAAAUGGUACAAAGAACAAUUAGAAUUUUAUCGAUAUAUUCCAAAAGAACUGCCACAUACCAGAGUCUUCAGUUAUCCGGACAUCAACGUUGAUAUCAGUGAAUCCGGUGAUCAACAAGUAGUCUUAAGAAAUGUGACUUCCAAUUUGGGUGGAAAGUAUUGGUGUGAAGUUAGCCUAGAUGCGCCACUUUUUGAAACGAGAAUUGCAUCAGCAGUUAUGAACGUUUUACGUCCAAUAAAAGAUAAACCCGUCUUACAAGUUGAAAAAACUCAAUACUCAGUCGGUGAAAAGCUCAGAGCCAACUGUACAUCGCCUUCAUCGGAUUACCCGUCUAAUAUAACUUGGUUUAUCAACGAUCGAAAGAUUAAAAAUGGCAUAAGUGAUACUGUUUUAAUUUAUGCAUUAAACAAGACGUUUUCAUCAUUGGAUUAUGAUAUUUUAUCAACAGGAAAACUCAAAGUGCGCUGUCAAUGUGAUAUUUUUGACGUAAUUCAUUCAGAUAUGGAAAUUGUUUUGGAUGAAGACAAACCUAGACUGGCAUCAAUUCUUCAACCACAUGAAUACUCUACGGGUUUAAAAGCAUCACUUUCAGUUGAUUCAAUAUUAUUUUAUGUGGUCAUAUUUUACUACAUUACUGUAAGGUAACAAGAAUCAUAAUUAGAGUUGAAAAAACUAAAUCACCUUUACUGAAACUUAAAUAAAUUUUAAAAUAUUAUGUAAUAUAUGUAAAUUAUGAAGUAAUAAUUGAUAAUACAGGGUGUCUCGCAACAGCUAUUUCCUGUAUUGGAAAAGAUCUGUUUCGAAUAAAUAGAAAAUUAAAUUCUAAAUAUUCUGUUAUAUAAUACUUUGUUAAAAUACAGUUUAAACCAAAUAAGUCUAAUUUUUUCCUGUUUUGCUUAAUUAUCUUGAAGAAAAGCAUAUUUAUUUAAUAUAUAAUAAUAGGUACUCCAAACUUUUGGUUCAUAAAUAAGUAAAAAUAAUAAUACUUCAAUCAUAUUAAAAGA